AUGGCUGCUAUGUAUGAAGCUGAAGCUAAGAAAGGUGAAAUUUAUGAACUUAAAGCUGAAUUAAAUAGUGAUAAACGUGAUCGUAAAAAGGAAGCUGUAAAAAAGGUUAUUGCAAGUAUGACAGUUGGAAAAGACGUCAGUCAACUCUUUCCUGAUGUUGUCAACUGUAUGCAAACAGAUAAUCUUGAAUUAAAAAAACUUGUUUAUCUCUAUUUAAUGAAUUAUGCUAAAACACAACCAGAAAUGGCUAUUUUAGCUGUUAAUACUUUCGCAAAAGAUUGUAAUGAUCCAAAUCCAUUAAUUCGUGCAUUAGCUGUACGUACAAUGGGUUGCAUACGUGUAGAUAAAAUAACUGAACAUUUAUGUGAACCAUUACGUAAAUGCUUAAAAGAUGAAGAUCCAUAUGUUCGAAAAACAGCUGCUGUUUGUGUAGCAAAAUUAUAUGAUAUUAAUCAACAACUUGUUGAUGAUCAAGGUUUUCUUGAUAUGUUAAGAGAUUUAUUAUCAGAUUCAAAUCCUAUGGUUGUUGCAAAUGCUGUUGCAGCAUUAAGUGAAAUAGCUGAACAAUCACCACAUGCAAAAGUUUUCGAUUUAAAUGGACCAACUAUUAAUAAACUUUUAACAGCACUUAAUGAAUGUACUGAAUGGGGACAAGUUUUUAUACUUGAUGCUAUUGCUAAUUAUUCACCGAAGGAUGAUAAAGAAGCACAAAGUAUUUGUGAACGUAUAACACCACGUCUAGCUCAUGCAAAUGCUGCUGUUGUUCUAUCGGCUGUUAAAGUUUUAAUGAAAUUUCUUGAAUUAAUCGAUCAACAUAGUGAAUUUGUACAAAAUUUACAUCGUAAAUUAGCACCACCAUUAGUGACACUUUUAUCAGCUGAACCUGAAAUUCAAUAUGUUGCAUUACGUAAUAUUAAUUUAAUUGUACAAAAACGUCCGGAUAUAUUAAAAAAUGAAAUGAAAGUUUUCUUUGUUAAAUAUAAUGAUCCAAUUUAUGUUAAACUUGAAAAACUUGAUAUAAUGAUACGUUUAACUAAUGCAACAAAUAUUGCACAAGUUUUAGCUGAAUUAAAAGAAUAUGCAACUGAAGUUGAUGUAGAUUUUGUUCGUAAAUCUGUACGUGCUAUUGGUCGAUGUGCAAUUAAAGUUGAACAAGCAGCUGAAAGAUGUGUUAGUACAUUAAUUGAUCUCAUACAAACAAAAGUUAAUUAUGUUGUACAAGAAGCUAUUGUUGUUAUUAAAGAUAUUUUUCGAAAAUAUCCAAAUAAAUAUGAAAGUAUCAUAGCAACAUUAUGUGAAAAUCUUGAUUCACUUGAUGAACCUGAAGCUCGUGCAUCAAUGAUUUGGAUUAUUGGUGAAUAUGCUGAACGUAUUGAUAAUGCUGAUGAAUUACUCGAGGGUUUUCUUGAUGGUUUUAAAGAUGAAAAUAGUCAAGUACAAUUACAAUUAUUAACAGCUAUUGUUAAAUUAUUUCUUAAAAAACCAACUGAAACACCACAAGAAUUAGUUACACGUGUUUUAACACUUGUUACACAAGAAACCGAUAAUCCUGAUUUACGUGAUCGUGGUUAUAUUUAUUGGCGUCUUUUAUCCACAGAUCCAAAAGCAGCUAAAGAAGUUGUUCUAGCUGAAAAACCACUUAUAUCAGAAGAAACUGAUUUACUUGAACCAACACUUCUUGAUGAACUUAUUUGUCAUAUAGGAACAUUAGCAUCUGUUUAUCAUAAACCACCAAAUGCAUUUGUUGAAGGUCGACAUACAUUAAAAAAAAAUCUUCCAUUACGUUCAGGUAUUGAUGGUGCUGGUGGUGACGAUGAUGACACAACUGGUCAAGAUAUUAUGUCAACAAAUCAUCAACAACAACAAGUUGUUAUUAGUGCAAAUGUUGGUUCAUUAAUUGAUGAUUUUGAUAUAUUAGGACCAAUGCCAAAUACAUCACAUCCAACAACAAAUAUUGGUGGACAAACACAGCCAAGAGCACCAUCAACUGUACCGAAUCUACUUGAUGAUGAACUUUCAUCAAUUCUUGCAACGGAUACAAAUAUUGGUGGGGCUCAAACACCUCAAUCUCAAAUACCAAUAAUGAAUUUAGCAGCAGCAGCAGCACCAACAACAACUUCACUUCCAAUGACUCAAACAACGAAAGGUGGAAAUUUACUUGAUGAUUUGUUUGGUGAUUUAAAUUUAGGUGGAACUGGUUCGGGACUUUUAUAUUCCAAUACAAAUACUUUUGCUUUACCUAAAGAAAUUUGGUUAAGUGCUCAAAAAGGUAAAGGUCUUGAAGUAUCCGGCACAUUUGCUCGUCGUAACAAUCAAAUUGUAAUGGAAAUGGAUUUUACAAAUAAAGCAUUACAAUCAAUGAGUGAUUUUGCAUUACAACUUAAUCGUAAUAGUUUUGGUUUAACACCUGCUCAACCAUUACAAGUAACAAGUCCAUUAUUUCCAAGCCAAAGUGUUUCAACACAAUUAAUAUUAAAUUCAAAUGGACCAAUUAUGAAAAUGGAUCCAUUAACAAAUCUUCAAAUUGCUAUUAAAAAUAAUGUUGAUGUUUUUUAUUUUGCAUGUAUUGUACCAAUACAUGUUUAUUUUACUCAAGAUAAUGAAAUGGAUAAAAUGGCAUUUGUUCAAACAUGGCAAGAAAUACCUGAAAGUAAUGAAAUAAAACAUCAAUUACAAAAUGUUAAUGGAUUAUCAAUUGAAGAUUUACAAAAUAAAUUACAUUUAAAUAAUAUUCAUACAGUAACAAGAACAAUUAUUGAACAAAAAGAAAUGCUUUAUCAAACAAUUAAAUUAACUAAUGGAAUAGUUAUACUUGCUGAAUUGAAAAUUACACCAGGAAAUCGAACGAUAGCGUUUUCACUUAAAACAAAAGUUCCAGAUGUAGCAACUUUAGUUGUUCAUGCAUAUGAACUUAUUCUUGGUAGCAACUAG